AUGUCUAAGGAAAACCAAGUUGAGGAAGAGAAACAUUACGGCCCUGGCGUCACUGAGCUCGCCGUCGCUUCUGAAGCACCAACAGACAAGAUCAAAUGGUUCAGAAGUACCCUCGUUCAAGUCUUAGUCGUUGGGAUCACCUCUUUUCUCGCGCCUGGAGCAUAUUCGUCACUCGCUUCAGUCGGUGCUGGUGGUCUCGCAAAUGUCAACAUCGGUAAUGCGAGUGUCGCUUUGGCCUAUGCUCUGAUUGUCCCCUCUGCGCUAUGCGCGACUGCAUGUCUUUCCAAGAUCGGUCCCAGAUACAGUCUUUCACUCGGAGCAGCAGGCUAUGUCUUCUACGCCGCGGCUUUAUAUCAAAACUCUGCAACAGGCAAUCAACCUUUCCUGGUCGUUGGGGCAAUUAUUUGCGGAGCGACCAGUGGUAUCUUUUGGGUUUCUGAAGCGGCCAUCACCUUACUAUAUUCGGAGCCAGAGUACAAAGGUAGACAUUUAGCCAUUUGGCAAUCUCUCUUCCAACUCGCUACAUGCAUCGGCGGUGCUAUCAACCUUGGCUUGAACAUCGAUUUGAACGAGACAGGUGGUCUGAAGCCUAAGACCUUCCUUGUCUUUGUCGGCCUCAAUGCGAUUGCACCUCUCGCCGCGCUUCUUUUGACUAAUCCUAAACAAGUACAAAGAAAAGAUCGACUUCCAGUACCAGCAUUUCCCGCCGAGCCUUUCUUCAAGGAGGUGUGGUUGACCAUAGUGGAGCUGAAAAAUCCCCGAAUCAUCGCUUGUUGUUUCCUAUGGUCUCAAUCGUUGUUCAUACCAUCAUGGACCUCGACAUACCUUGCCAUUCAUUUUUCUGUUCGUGUUCGGGGUCUGACCUCUCUGAUCACCCCACUCUUGACUAUUUUGACGCUCGCUCUGGUCGGUUCGAUCCUCGAUAUCAAGUCAAUGACCAUCAGAUACAAGCUCGUCCUUACAUGGGGGCUUCUGCAGGUCCUCGGGCUUGGAUCAGCUAUUUGGCUCUUGGUGAUGCAGGUUAGACAAAGUAAAGAAGCUGUCGUCCCAACUUGGGAUUGGAGUACACCUGGGUUCGGACCAGCUUGGGUACCUUAUCUCUUCUCUUUCGCUGCUUCGUGGACAAGUUAUGGCUUCUUCUACUACAUGGCCACCUACUGCUUCCCUCGCGAAGCGUCUGGAGCUAGAACCACACGAAUCAUCGCUACAUUGCGAUCAGCUGAAUCAGGAUCCGCUGCCAUUGCUUUCGGCAUCAACUCUAUCAACGUUCCUCUGCACCACAUCGGUUAUAUCAAUUUGGUGUUCAUUAUCGUUUGCCUGUUCUGCGGGUACUAUGUGCUUCAAUGGAUCUGGAAACAAGACAAAAAGGGUGCUUACAACGAAGUAGUCGUUCCGGUCGAGCCAGUCCCCCCUGCUAUACAUUAG